GGAAAUUCACACUCUGACCUUGACCUCGACACGUCUGGGCUGUUGCCCAUAAUGCUUUCCUUUCAACCCCGCGCUUUGUUCCUUUCUCUUUUACUCUUCCUAACUGCUGCAAACGCCCUUCACUUCUACUUGGACGCCAACGAGAAGAAAUGCUUCAUUGAGGAGUUGCCGACUGACACCGUUGUUGAGGCUCACUACAGGGCACUCGAAUGGUCGGACAAGACUCAGUCAUACGGAAUCAAUGAUGAACUUGGUAUCACCGUUGACGUCGAGGAACUUGACACCAAUCAUGUCGUCACCAAAACCAGGGGACCAAGCGACGGUCGCUUCACCUUCACGUCCCACGUUGCAGGCGACCACUUGAUCUGCAUUUCUACCAACUACACGUCAUGGUUUUCGAGCACCCACAUCCGCUUCUACCUGGAUAUCGCCGUCGGAACGACCAAGGGCGACUACGAGAAGGAUCGGUCUCACAUUGCGACGCUCGCAAACAAGAUUCGAGACCUUAACAUAAAACUGGAGGAGGUCAGGCGCGAGCAGCAGUACCAGCGGGAGAGAGAAGCAUCAUUCAGAGACCUAAGCGAGGCGACGAACUCCAAGGCUGUCUGGUACAGUAUCGUCCAGAUUGGUGUUCUCAUCCUCACUUGUACGUGGCAAUUACGACACCUAAGACGAUUCUUCUCAGACAGGAAGCUCCAGUAGUGGAAGCUAUCCUCAGUCUGUCGAAUCAUGUACUUGGAACUUAAUUGAAGAAUGGACGUAAUAUGGA